CCCCCCCCCCCAGGGCCAGAGAACCCCCACGCCUCCCGCCGGCCCGUCGACAUCAACGUCAUGAAGCGCAACAUGACGAUCGCCAAGGGCUUCCUGGACAUCAGCCUGCUCUCGGCCAACGCCAAUCAGCUGAAGAACAUCCUGAACUUCGGCGACGUCGAGAAGGCCUCGUAUUACAUCGUGCUGACGGGCAUCAUCACCAGCCUCAUCUUCCAGCUGCUGGCGGGCGUGCUGCUCAUCAUCCACGAGCGCUUCGACAUGAACGACGACAACGAGAGCCACGCGGGCGACUUCUUCAACAACCUCAUCGUCGCCUUGAUCUUCGCCGUGCUCAUCAUCAACGUGUUCGUGGCGAGCUUCGGCGUGGACAUCGCUCGGCCGCGGGUCCCCGUCGCCACGCCUCCGUCAGCCUUCCCGGGCGUGGGCUUCGGGAAGGGGUACUGACGGCGCCUGACGGGACGGGGCGCUGAGGCUCUGCUAGGGGCAAUAUUUUUGAAAAUUGAUUUGGUUAUUUUUGUUUAUUGAUUGGUGUUAGUGUUGUUGUUGUCAUUGUUAUUAUUAUUGUCAUUAUUAUUAUUAUUAUUAUUAUCAUUAUUACUAUUAUUGUUGUGAUUG